AUGCCACGAACAUCUGGCACUAAAUUCCACCAACCCAUCCAUCAAGCGGCUUUUUCUGGAUUCCUCGAUAUGGCGAAACUUUUACUGGAGAAGGAUCCUACAUGCGCGGCAGUCGCCCGUAGUGACGGUGUGACGGCAAUUUGGGCUGCCGCCCAAGAAGGCCAUCUCGAAGUUGUCAGACACUUAGUUAGCUGCCCUGGCAUCGAUGUCAACGCCGCCACUACGGAUACUCUGCGCACACCUAUUCAUCAGGCUGCAGAAAACGGCCAUGUUGAUAUAGUGAAGCUGUUGUUGAUUGUGCAUGCAAAGCACGAUCAGCCAGACAACGAAAAUAUAACACCGCUAUGGAGCGCGGCCCAGGAAGGCUACGAUGAAAUCGUUCAGAUCCUUAUAGACAGGGGAGCUGAUAAAGAAAUCAUUUCUCCAGAUGGAAACCGCCGCCCCAUCCACCAGGCCGCACAAAAUGGCCACCUCGGGGUGGUUAAGAAGCUGUUAGAGGCUGGUGCUAAAGUUGAUUCACAUAAAGACGGCUACGAUAAUGAGACGCCUUCUCCCCUCUGGCUCGCGGCUGAGGAAGGGCAUUUUGAAGUUGCCGAACUUUUGAUUCAAAAAGGCGCCGACGUUAACUUUCCGAAAUAUCCGUCAAAACGCUCCCCAAUUCAUCAAGCUGCCCAGAACGGUCAUAUCAAAGUGGUCCGUCUUCUUAUUGAGAACAAUGCGGAUGUAGACGCUCGAGAAGAGGACGGCUUCUCUCCUCUUAUGCUUGCGACACUGGAACGCCAUGUUGAUAUCAUCAGUCUUCUCCUGGAGCACGGCGCAAGCGUCGACGCCGAAGAGAAAGACGGUAUGACUGCCUUACAUAUCGCUUCCCAGGAGGGACAUGUGCAGGUUAUCCAGAAGCUUUUAGAUGAAGGUGCGAAAUCCUCAGCAACUAGAAUCUCUCGAAGUCGACCGAUUCACUUCGCAGCGCAAAAUGGACAUUUCGAAGCAGUCAAGCUGUUAUUAAAGCUAGACCCGGAUGAUGCUCAUACAGAAACAGUGGAUGAUUUCACCCCAUUAUGCCUUGCCUCUCGGGGCGACACGGCUAGCCAUCUUGAGGUUGCGCGCUACCUUAUUGAUGAAUAUAAUGCGGCUGUAAUUCCUUAA